AUGUAGCAGAUCAAGAACCGAUCCUCAGUGUUCAUCCAAAUCCUUCAAUUGACCAUCUUUUGACAUCUAGUAUGUUCGAUAGCCCAAGAACAGUUGAAGACCAUUCAGGUACAAACGAAAAUCUUGCUACAGAAAGUCGAAUUAGUGAAUCUGAUUCAAUGAACGAAUUCAUACCAGCACAAGGCAGUGCAGAUAAUUCUGCAAAACAACUGAAUGUCAACAAGGAAAGCGAAACUGGAGAUGGUUCAGAGACAAAAUUUCCGAUUGAUGGAAUUUUCAGCGAAAAUAAUGAUACACCAAAGAAUACAGGGACAAUGGAAAAUGCUGAUAAUUCUGAAAUAAAUCGCAAUGAAGGCGAAUUACUUAACUCUGACAAAGCUGCUGGCAGCUUAGUUAAUGAUCCACAAGAAAGUAAUCUUGGCGUAGAGGAAAAAAUUCGUGGUAAUAUAGUUGACAAUAAUUUUAUGCCAAAUGCAGUGCCUUUAGUAGAAACCGUUGAAGGUCUGCAUCUUACAAAUAUACGUCAAAGUCAUGUGAUUGCUCCAGAAAUGAAUUUGGAAAGUAGUGGGAGUUAUCACAGAGAAGCAGCAUUUCAUGAAAUCACAUCUGAGAUGGUGACAGAUACAACUGUUCUUGAUGGAAGUUUCUCUCAACAAGAGUCUCAAGAUUCAAAAGCACAAACCGAAUAUUUGUUAGACAGAAGUAUUAAUUUCAAUAACUACGAAGUGAAUGGGCCUGGCAAUGUUGAAAAAACAACUUUUGCAAGAAACCCUGAAAUUUCAUCGAGUAACCAAAUAAGCAAACAAGAUGAUAAUCAAGUACCUUUUCACGCAACGAGUGAUGGUGAAAAUUCCACUAGUUACAGCGUUAGUGAUGAUGAAGUAAAAAAUGCGAUUGAAGAUCAUUCACAGAAUAAUUUACAAGAAGUAGUAACAGAAAGUGCUGAUCAAGCGAAUGACCACAACUUUGGCAUUCCAGAGACAGCUACGGAGCCCUAUUCAAAUUUGGAAGAAGAAAAAUCAACAACCACCAGAAAUCUGUUAAUGGUUGAAGAUAACUCGCAGUAUGCCAAUGAUCAAUCAACCAUUGGUAUAUUCGACAUGAAUAAACCUGAUACCUCUGAAUCUCAACCACCGCAAGAAAACGAACCUGAGAUACACCCUGAGGACGAUUUAUUAACAGAAUCUACGGAAGAAGGUAUUUGGGCACAAUUUAGCAAAAUUCUACCAUUUGCUGGAGAACCCAGUAAUGCAGUGGCAUCGCCUGAAGUGUGUGACAUUAAUUCCAACUGUCCUGAUCUAGAUAAGGAUCCAUCCUUAUCGAACUCGGAACAAGAUGCAGAAGGAGAAGAUGUUGGAUCAUAUUUACCAGUCUGGGAUCAACAUAAUUACUUAGAGACACUCAUGUAUCUUGGUUUAACAGCUUUCACUACAUUGUUAUUUUCGCUCGGCUAUUAUUAUAUUGAGAACCAGAGACGCGAUAAAGAGCUAGUAGCUAAAAUCAAUAGACUUGAAAAGGAAUUGCUAGUGAUGACGAAAGAAAACAUGAUACUGGGUGAAGACUUGAAAACUACCAAAAACAAGUUGAAUUCCAUCGAAGAUGAAUCCUUUGGAUCCAAUGAAAUGGUACUUUCCUUAAAGUCAGAGCUGGAAAUGGCACAGGUCACCAAAGGAGAAUUGGAAGACCAAAUUAUUACAUUAGAAAAGGAAUUAGAGAGUGCAACGGAAGCCGGUUUGGAACUAGAGCGUAUGUUGCGUGAGUUUCUAGCAUCACAGAGUGAUGAUAAUCCACUGGCUCAAUCAGUGGAAGAUUUGCAAACUCGUUUAAAUGCUCAACAAGCUACAAAUGAGUCAUUAACCAACAGCCUCAAUCUCAAAGCCCAAGAGAAUGAAGUCCUAACUGCCGAGCUUGCCAUUACUCAAGAGAAGUACCAGCAAUUUGAGGUGGAAGUAACACGACUAACAGAAGAAUUGAAAGUGCAGAGCAACCUGAAAAAGAAUCUUGAAAAAGAUUUGACAGCUAAAAUUUUACAGCUCAAUGACCGAGUUGAUAAGCUUUCUGAAGAACGUGCCACUUUGAGUAAUCAGUUGACUUCGAAGGAAGUGGCAUUGAACGAUCUUGCAGAAAUAAUGAAACAAAGUAACGAUAAAUUGGAUUUCAAAAAACUUUAUGACGUGUCCCACAUCAAGGCUGAUGCACAAGUCAUUGCUAAAGAGAGAGAUGAACUUAAAAUUAAACUAACCGAAGUGGAAGGAGCUCACCAACUACUCGAGGAUAGGCGUAUUUUCAUUUUUACAGAACACACAAAGCUAAUUAAAGAGGAAAUUGCUUCAAUUACGGAACAAUAUGAAUUGGCCGAACGUGAUAAAAUAGAAGCGCAAACCCGACUUGAAGUGCUUUCAAAUUACUUUAAAGAAAAAGAAAGUCAAUUGCAAAAAGAACUUGGCAUGCAGGAAGCAAUGUGGGUGCAGAAACAAGGUGAGGUAACUUCAACCGUUGACAGGAUACAAACGAUGCAGAAUGAAAUUCAGAAUUAUAGGCAACAAAUUGAAACUUUGAAGAGGGAAAUACUGGAUCAAGAACGGGAAUAUAAGAGUCAGAUUUCAGCCUUGGAAACAAAAUCGCACGAACAAUGGGUAAUCGCCCGACAAAGUGAACGACGCUUGGAAGAAUCGAAGGCUGAAGCCAGCCAAUUACGAAAUCGACUGACUAUGGUGGAGAAAAGUAUAAACGACGUAGAUGCCGAUUCAAAAUUACAUCGCAUGGAGACGAACGGAGAGACAGCAUCGUCCCCUCAAUUAUUUUUGGGAGCAGAGACAUCAAGUUCUCCUAUAUUGUUUACUGGUUCCUCAGGUAUUCCUCCCCCUAUACCUCCAUUUCCACCAUACCCUCCGUAUCCCGUUAUACCGGCACCGCCACAUUCUGGAGGGGGACCGAUGUACGAUAUUAGUAGGAGGCCUCCGCCGUUAGGAGGACGUCUGUCCUCGCCACCCCCAAUACCUCUUCCUCAUCCACCUGGUAGAUACGAAGAUGCCAGUUCUCCACCACCGCCGCUGUCACCUCCGUUGCAUCCCUCUUACAACCAUCGCUCACCGCCACCAUUUAGCAACGAACAUGUCCAUAUGUAUCAUCAUGGUCCGCCUCCUCCAUUUUUGCCACCUUUGGGAACCUCGCAUUCUUGGGGGGAUGAUAUAUUACCACCUCCACGAAAUCCGGUUUUCCAUCCCCAUCAACGUGAGCAGCGUGUACGGAAUCACAAAGAUCAAGCAAAUGGCGCAGCAAAACGGGGCUCAGCGGAGUAUCUCUUCGUGAUGGAAAUGGAAGUGGCAAAAGUACAAAUAGCCGAAUGUGUCUCGCAAGUUGAGUCAGUUUCUAUCCAGGAAUGUCGUAUUUGUUUAAAAAAUUGUAAUGAGUUUUGGGAAUUAUUCCAAAAUGACGAAGAUAUUCCAAGAAAAAUCAUGGCGUUUGCUGCUAUACAGGUAGAACACGGCGACGGACUCCCAAGUAUUAUUUGCUUCUCAUGUCGCCAGCUAUUGGAUAUGUCCUACGAUUUCAAGUGUCAGGUUGAAAAAUCUGAUGCUGUUUUACGUAAAAUAUUGCUAUCGAAUAUAAAAGACGAUAGAGAUGCAGCUAAGGAGUCAUUGUCACAAUCGAUCAACGAUGUUAUCACGGAAGCCAUUGCUGACGAAAUUCCUAAUCAGCAAACAGGAAUAAAGGAAUUGGAAAUGCAGAGUGAAUCAAAAUCACAAGCUGCACAAGAGAUAAAGAGUGUAGUAUUGACUAAUUUUGAUGAUAAACAAAGUGCAGUAACCUUUGAAAUCAGUGAGGAGUGCAUGAGUGGUAACGAGUCCUCACAAGAGGAGGAAAUGCAGGAUAAAAGUUUGAGCGAUGAAUCGAUUGAUAAGCAUAUAGAGAAAGAUGACGAUUUUAGUCAGCGCGAGAUAAUAUCUGCUUUAGAGAAUACAGAGAUAUUGCUUGAUGAUCAGGGUGUUACAGUAGGUAAAUUGAUUGAUUCAACAGAUCAAAAUAUUGAACCAGAACCUAUUAAACAAGAGGAUAUCCCAUUGUCAGAGGAAUGUGAGUUGUUAGAAGGAGAGAGGAAUGACCAGGACGAAAUUGUUUUUCAUGAUGAUCUCAAAUUUGAAUUAAAAAAUAGUCUACUCUCUGAGGGGGAUGACGAAGCUGAUGUUUCAUUUGAAUCAGACAAAUUAAAACCCAACAAUUGUCAAAUUUUCAAUGAAGAAAUGAAUGAUAGUGAUGAAGAGAAACCAUUGAUCACGAGAACCAGUCGACGAAAAUGUCCUCACUGUAUCAAGAGCUUUGCCACAAAUAUAGCUCUGCAACGACACAUGACCAUUCACAAGCACAAAACUAAAUUGAGAUACGUUUGCUAUUUGUGUGACAAACAAUUUUCUACUGUUGCAAAGCUGAAGAAUCAUGUGUCAGAUAAUCACGAUUCUUUGAAAAAUGAAAACAGAGUUGAUGUUGAUAAUAAUUGUGGCGCAAUAGAUACUGAUAGAAAAGGGGAAAAGUUAGAAUAUGAUAUUGACAUUUCGAUAGACAAGCAGAAAACAGAUAAAAAAAACUAUAAAAUGAAAUGCAAAGUCUGUGCGAAACAGUUCACCUAUCAGAAAUCAUUUCUUUCCCACAUUAAAACUCACCCUGAAUAUGAAAAAUAUGAAAAUUCAGAUAAUCAUACCGGGCAGCUGACAACAAUAGAAGAAUCACUGGACCAUCAAACUGAUUCAUCUCAUUCCAAAAUAAACGAAUCUGAUGACGACGAUUUACCGCUCGAAGGCUUACAGUGUACUCAAUGUGGUAAACUUUUUGCAACUAAGGGAAAUCUGAAAAGGCAUGUAUCAACCCACAGUGGUCUUAGAUUCAAUUGUUCAACGUGUGGAAAGGAAUUCUCUAGAUUAGAUAAACUCAAAGAUCAUGAGCAGUCGAAACACAAAGAAGAAAUUUUUGGGGCAUCUGACGAUGAAGAUGAUGAUACAGAUAACGAAAGUAGACCAAAUGAAAGUGCCGAAUCCAAAAGGAAGGAAAAAAAGUGCAGACCUCAUCAAUGCGCUAUGUGUCCAAAGGCAUUUGCUCAGGCACAAUCAUUGGCCAACCAUAUGGAACGACACAAACGUAUCAAAGAGCCACAAAAACGUUUCCUUUGUGAAGUAUGCAGCAAGUGCUUUGCACAAAGUGGAUCGCUAGUAGCCCAUAUGAGAACUCAUACAGGAAUUAAGCCAUACGUUUGCAAUGUUUGCAGUAGAGCAUUUACCAAGAGUACAUAUUUGCAGUUGCAUCUCCGCACGCAUAGUGGUGAAAAACCAUAUAUAUGUCAGUAUUGCAGUAGAGCAUUUGCCAGAGCUAACACGCUAGCUAGACACAUAACGAUGCAUACAGGAGAGGCAAAAUAUCAUUGUCAAAUAUGCAUGAAAUCAUUCAGACGGUUGACUUCCCUGAAUGAACAUACUUAUACUCAUACUGGCCAGAGACCAUAUGCAUGUAAAAUAUGUUCCAAGCGCUAUAACAAUGCUGGCUCUUUGUAUGCUCAUACAAAAAAAUGCAGAGCGCAACAAUUGUCAGGAUCAGCAUCCACUUAUACAGUUUCAGUUGACAAUGCCAAUCAAAAUGACGUUUCCACAGUACCACAAAUGUUGAUUUACUCCCAAAGAAAAAUUGUCCCCAGUGAACCUCAGGUUGCACAAGCUCCAACGCCACAGUAUUUGGUCACGACUGUUCAGAGUCAAAAAACUCUUCCGACCCAUAUCAGUCAGUCCUUUGCAGUUGGAGACCCUCAUUUUUACGCAAUAGAUGGAAAGCAAUUGAAAAAUCCUUAUUAUACAAUUUAUCCCAAUAUGUAACAUAGUACCGAUUAUCAAUUUCACAAGGUCCUUUUAUCACUCAAUGCUUCAUUUUCUUUUAGAAUCCACUGUAAUAGAUUCUUCAUACGAAAAAGGAAAAAAGCUAACCAAUGUAAAUAUAUUUUGAUUUACUCUUUAUAUUCUGUGAGGAAUAAUUUUAAUCAUGUAAAAAAAAGUUUUUAUCUCCGUUUUUCAUCAGAUUAGAAUUACUUCAUUUAACGAUACCAGUUUUUUAACUGACAGGUAUGAUCAAUAUAGGCAUUAUUAUUGUUCUAAGAGCGCCAAUGUGUAUCAGUCAAAAGUUGAAUAAUGAAUAUCCUAAUAGAUAACGGUUGAAUCCAAUAUAAAAUGUAAAUAGUGUAAGCGAAGCUGGAAUUCCUCAGAACUAUCUGUAGUAGUACGAAACUGCAGAAUUAUCACAUAUUUCAUCCAUGUAGCGUAUUUGCAUAGAAGCAAAUUUAUAUUACUACUUACAUACAACAUUAUUUUAUAAUAAAGUUUUUAUAAAAUUAUAA